UUUUCAGACUUAUGUUAAUGAAUGUCCGGUCAUGGUGGCCAGCCCUUCCCCUUGUCAAAACUGGCAUUUAUGUACGUUAAGAAGGUGGCACAACCGAUAGCAUCAAGGAUAGCUAGAAAGGCGGAGAAAGAUAAUUGGUUUAAGACUUAUAUCUGCCUCCCUCCGGCGAAUCUUUAUCAUUUCUACGAAGCGAAAAUCAAGUUUAAAGUCAUGAAUAUAGGGCGAACUAGAAUCAGUAAGGUUCCAAAACUUAAUGAAAAGGCAGCAAUAGAGCUAGGUUCAAAUCUGUGUGCUGAGUUUAUAAUAAUGAGUGUAGCAUCUAUACUUGCACUGCACGAAGUCAGGAAAUACAAGGCCCGGGAGAUUGAGGUUGAGGAGAGAUUAAACAAGGAGACCAAGGAUCUCAGGGAGAAUAUAGAAUCCUUGAACCGUAUUAUCCAGACUCAGAACCAGGAUAUAGAAACCUUAUCCAACCUUAUAUAUAGAUAUAGGAACCAAUACUCUCAUGCUGGUGAUAUAGAAGAGGAUUCAACUAGGACUCAUGGGUCAUGAUCUCCUAGGUUUAAUUCAUCUCUCCACGUGUUUCAACUUAAUUCUCAUUUUUGUGUCUUUAAAAAUUAAGGUCUGAUUUAAAAGUGAAAUGUGAAAGUUGAAGUUUAGUUUGUAGGAAACUACAAAAAUAAAAUAUUCUUUUUAUAACAUCAUAUUUGUUGCAUAAGUCGUCAAAGAAGUUUUUCCUGCACAAUUUUCUUUACUUUUAUCAUACAUUUCUUCCCUUUUUCUGGAAUUAAGCCCUACACUUGCAAAAGUUUCUGGAAAUCCUGUACUUAGUUAUAUUGAUUCUGACAAUUCUAAAAUUUAGUGUUUUUUGGAUUCCGGAGAAGAUGCUACAACCAAUAUUUCUUUACAGCUUGUUACUUGUCUUAUGCAUUAAGAAAAAUGUCAAUUUGUACAUU